UGCAACAACAUUAAGAGGAAGAAUAGACACUGAUGCACGUGAAAUGCAGGCCUUUUAUCGGCAUUAUUACAGCAAGUACAUUCAACGCCAACAAAAUGUUGAUAAACCUGCUGAUCUUACCCAUCUUCCAAAAGAGUAUCAAAUGGCUGCUGUCUUAUUUGAGGUUUUGAAGGCUCUCAGUCUGGAAGAAUCCAUCGAAGUGCCAGAUGAGAUAUUAGAAGCACAUGCACAUGUUGCUGAGAUGGUAAAAUUGUCUACUCAUGAUAUACUUCCAGUCGAACCUGAAAGUUCAGAUCAAGCACUAGUAAGAUAUCGAGAGAUCAAAAAACCAAAUGACUUCAAAAUCCCUCUUCAGACCAUAAAAGAUUGUACCCAAGACUUCGAUGAAAGAAAUUUUAUUGGAAAGGGUGGAUACGGAAGUGUCUACAUGGGAAUCCUCUCCUGGGGGGAUCAUGUAAACGAGCUAGUUGCUAUAAAACGACUUGAUGUGAAAGGAUUUCAAGGUACCAAGGAGUUCCUCACAGAGCUCACAAUGCUUUCACAGUAUCAACACGAGAACAUUAUAACCCUUGUUGGGUUUUGUGAUGAUAACAAAGAGAUGAUUUUGGUUUAUGAAUAUGCAAACCAUGGAAGUCUUGACACAUAUUUACGUGACACUACGAUUUCGGGUGGAUUAUCGUGGCUACAACUCCUCAACAUAUGCAUUGGUGUUGCUUCUGCAUUGGAGUAUCUUCAUAAUUAUGUGGCUGAAAAACAUAGAAUAAUACAUAGAGAUGUAAAAAGCGCGAAUAUUUUGUUGGAUGAGAAUUGGAAUGCAAAACUUGCGGAUUUUGGGUUGUCAAGGAUAGGUCUUGCAAAUCAAGAGAACACGUUUGUGAUAACUAACUUGGCUGGUACGCAUGGUUAUUGUGACCCACAAUAUGAAAGAACAGGUUUUCUAACAAAAGAAUCAGAUGUCUAUUCUUUUGGUGUAGUUUUAUUUGAAGUUUUGUGUGGAAGGUUGGCUUGUGCUUUGAAUUAUCAUGAUGAGCAGCGAUUCCUCCAUCAUUUGGCUCGAACUUGCUAUAGAAAUGGAGAGCUAGAAAAGAUUAUUGAUCCCAGAAUAAGGAAAGAUAUCAAACCAAGGGCAUUGAGGAAGUUUUCAACUAUUGCAUAUCAAUGCUUGCAAGACACUCGGGAAGAACGACCUAUAAUCGCUGAAGUUGCAUUCCAACUUAAGGAGGUCAUGAAAAAUCAAUUGGAAGAUGAAUUACUCGUCAGGAAGGGAACACCAUCAUAACUUUUACCAUCAUCUAGUGCUACCUUAUUUGGAGCCAUGCAUGCAUGGGACAAUAUAUGUUACCUAUCCUAACAAGACACUCACCCCUCACCCUAGCGAUCGUUAUUUCUUAUUUGGUUGUUGGAUGUUUCCAUCAUUUAAGGAACUUCUCCUUUGUUUUCCUUGGUCCUCGGUUUUAUCCUUUUGUUUCAUUCUUUCUUUUUGUAGGUCGAAUGUGCAUUGUUUCCCUUAUUAUUCAAACAUAUUAUUCAAAAAGAAAUAAAUUUUGUAUACACUUUUUUUUUGGUUAUCAAGUGUUUAAAAU